AUGGAUAUGCUGUAUUCUGAAUCAUUGUCAUCUAGUGAAGUGAACGUUUCAGAAAGUGAAUAUGAUGAUGAACAAAUAGAAAUGCCAAUGGUUGUGAGCAGAGAAGAAAAUGGAUACGAGCCAAAAAUUGGAAUGAUGUUUUCAUCUGAAGAUGAAGCUUAUAAGUUCUACAAUGCAUAUGCUAAAUUCAUUGGUUUUACUGUGAGAAAAUCGCAGUAUCGAAGACUAGCAGAUGGAACCAUAAGCCAAAGAUCAUUUGUUUGUGGAAGAGAAAGACACAGAAGGUUAAAAGACCCUUCAUAUGUGAAGAAAGUAAAUAGAAGAGAAACAAGAACGGGUUGUCCGGCUAUGAUAUGCUUUAAAAUUGAGAAGGAUAAUUGGAUUGUUUAUAAAUUCAUUCCAGAUCAUAAUCAUGAUCUUGUGAAAUCAAGCGCGGGAGCUAUGUUAAGAUCCCAAAGACAUGUUGAUGAAGCGCAUGCUAAUAUGAUUGAAGAUAUGAAUAAUGCUGGUAUAAAACCAUGUGGUAUGUAUUCAUAUUUUGUUGAAGUUGCUGGAGGAGCCCAAAAUGUUGGAUUUUUAAAACAUGAUUGUGAUAAUUUUUUACAAAGCAAAAGAAGCAACACUCUUGAAGCAGGAGAUGCACAAAGUGUUAUUAACCACUUCAAAAAAAUACAAGCGAAUGAUCUGUCCUUUUUCUACACAAUGCAAGUUGAUUGUGAAAAUCGUAUGACAAUUUUUUUUUGGAGAGAUGGCAUAUCAAGGGCAGAUUAUAGUCACUUUGGAGAUGUAGUCAUUUUUGACACAACUUACAGAACAAACAAGUAUGAUAUGGCUUGUGCGCCUUUCAUAUGGGUGAAUCAUCACAAACAAAGUGUUCUGUUUGGUUGUGCUUUCUUGUUAGAUGAGACAACAGAGUCAUUCAUUUGGCUAUUUGAAUCUUUUUUGGAAGCAAUGGGUGGAUUGCAACCUAAAACAAUUUUUACUGAUCAGUGUCAAGCAAUGGCAAAUGUUGUUAAAAAAGUGUUUCAUGAAUCUCAACAUCGACUUUGCUUGUGGCAUAUUAGCCAAAAUGCUGCUAAGCAUCUUUCAUAUUAUUUGAGGCAACCUGACUUUAAGGUUCUAUUUAAUAGGUGCCUUUAUAAUUGUGAAUCUGAGCAAGAGGUUGAAGAAUGA